CUCCCCCUCCUCUCCUCCUCGUCGUCUAUGGUCUUCGCGUUCCCACCGCCAACAACACCAGCGCGCCUAGGUUGCUAGCUCACCAUGGCCUUGGCAUCCACCGCAAGGGCGGCAGCGGCAGUGGCGGCGACGGCGAUUCAUCAGCAAUGCGGGGGAGCGACGGCCGCGCAUACGCAGCAGCGGCGAGCCCGGUGCCGCGCGGCGGCUGCCAGCGUCGCCGCGGCGUGCGCGCCGGUGAAGGCAGUGGGGCCACGGCGCGGGGCGCGGAGCACCACGGGCACGGCGCCCGUGGUGGCGGGCAUGUGGCGGCAGCUGCAGGGGUGCGACGACUGGCAGGGGCUGCUGGAUCCGGCGGCGGCGGCGCACCCGGUGCUGCGCGCCGAGGUGGCGCGCUACGGCGAGCUGGUGCACGCGUGCUACAAGGCGUUCGACCUGGACCCGGCGUCGCGCCGGCACCUCAGCUGCAAGUACGGCCGCGGGCGGCUGCUGGAGGAGGUGGGCAUGGCCGGCGCCGGGUACGAGAUCACGCGCUACGUCUACGCGGCGUCCGACGUGGCGGUGCCCACCAUGGAGCCGUCCACCAGCGGGCGCGGCCGCUGGAUCGGCUACGUGGCCGUGUCCACGGACGAGAUGACGCGGCGGCUAGGCAGGCGCGACGUCCUUGUCUCGUUCCGCGGCACCGUGACGCCCGCCGAGUGGGUGGCCAACCUCAUGAGCUCGUUGGAGCCGGCGCGCCUGGACCCCUGCGACCCGCGCCCGGACGUCAAGGUGGAGUCGGGGUUCCUCAGCCUCUACACCUCGGUCGACACGACGUGCCGCUUCGGCGGCGCCGGGAGCUGCCGGGAGCAGCUCCUCCGCGAGGUGUCGCGCCUCGUCGGGUCGCGCGCCAAGGACAGGCCCGCAGCAGGCGAGGACGUCAGCGUCACCCUGGCGGGGCACAGCAUGGGGAGCGCGCUGGCGCUGCUCUUCGCGUACGACCUCGCGGAGCUGGGCCUCAACCGCGGCGCGCCCGUCACCGUCUUCUCCUUCGGCGGCCCCAGGGUCGGGAACGCCGCCUUCAAGGCCCGCUGCGACGAGCUGGGCGUCAAGGCGCUGCGCGUGGCCAACGUCCACGACCCCAUCACCAAGCUCCCGGGCAUCUUCCUCAACGAGGCCACGGCCGGGGUGCAGGCGCUGCGCCCGUGGCGCGCCUCCUGCUACACCCACGUCGGCGUGGAGCUGCCCCUCGACUUCUUCAGGAUGGGCGACCUGGCCAGCGUCCACGACCUCGGCACGUACGUCGCAUUGCUCAAGAGCGGCGACAAGGCGGGCGCGGCCUGGCGCGGCGACUGCGGCGUUCUGGCGAAGGUGGUCGAGUUCGUGGGGCGGCAACGCGCGGGCGCCUUGCCGUGGCAGGACGCCGCCCUGCAGAUGGGCGGCCUGGUGCAGACUCUGGGGCUCAUCUGAGUCUGGCAUCAGCAACCGGCGGCCGAGAUUUAACACGGCCAGGCCAGCAGCAGCAGCCCAGCACCCAGCACCCAGCAGUGGUCCUCUUGGAUAAUUUUAUUUACUCUUUUGGAGGAUCCCUUCCCUGGUCGUUUUUUUUCGGCAUUUCUUCUGUACAGAUCCAUUGAUCGAUCAACGUAGCCUGAUAUCUUCACAGGGGCGACAUCAAAAGGGAAUUUCUUCGUUUUAGAUUC